UCCUGCCGCCCGUGCCACCGGUGAAACGCUGUUGACAUGUCCUGAAUUAUUAAGCACGGGGUGGGCUCCGGAGCACAUGCUGAGCGGAGCGGCUGGGGCUGCGCGGCGGCGUGGCGGAGCAGCGCUUGCUCCCUCGCUCACUCGCUCGCUCGCUCGCAGGGACACACGCAGGGGCUGACAGCUGUGCUGGUGCUGAUAAGGGAAGCCACAAGGAGACGAUCGAGGAGAGAGACAAGCAGCGGCAGAAGCAGCAGCGGCAGAGGCAGCACCAGGGCUGCGGAGCUGCUGGGAGUGGGAGUGACGCCCCCACCUCGGGCCCCCACCCCGUCCCAGGCCUCCUCCCGCUUGUCCUGAGUUUAGAAGAGCAAGCUGCUGCCACCACCACCACUCCGGAGGGCACCGGGGCUGCUGGCCAGGGAGGGACAGUGGCAGUAAGGCUCUGGCCAGUCCCAGCAGCCGGGGACAGAUGCCGAUCGAGAUUGUGUGCAAAAUCAAAUUUGCUGAGGAAGAUGCAAAACCUAAGGAGAAGGAGGCAGGGGAUGAGCAGAGCCUCCUGGGUGCUGCUCCGGGGACCGCAGCCCCUCGGGACCUGGCCACCUUUGCCAGCACCAGCACCCUGCAUGGGCUGGGCCGGGCCUGUGGCCCAGGCCCCUACGGACUUCGAAGAACCCUGUGGGCCCUGGCCCUACUCACCUCGCUGGCUGCCUUCCUGUACCAGGCAGGCGGCUUGGCCCGGGGCUACCUGACCCGGCCUCACCUGGUAGCCAUGGACCCCGCUGCCCCAGCCCCCGUGGCGGGCUUCCCGGCCGUCACCCUCUGCAACAUCAACCGCUUCCGACAUUCGGCACUCAGCGACGCUGACAUCUUCCACCUGGCCAACCUGACAGGGCUGCCCCCCAAAGACCGGGAUGGGCACCGUGCGGCUGGCCUGCGCUACCCAGAGCCGGACAUGGUCGACAUCCUCAACCGCACUGGCCACCAGCUCGCCGACAUGCUCAAGAGCUGCAACUUCAGUGGGCACCACUGCUCCGCCAGCAACUUCUCCGUGGUCUAUACUCGCUAUGGGAAGUGCUACACCUUCAAUGCGGACCCGAAGAGCUCCCUGCCCAGCCGGGCAGGGGGCAUGGGCAGCGGCCUAGAGAUCAUGUUGGACAUCCAGCAGGAGGAGUACCUGCCCAUCUGGAGGGAAACAAAUGAGACAUCGUUCGAGGCAGGCAUCCGGGUGCAGAUCCACAGCCAGGAGGAGCCCCCCUACAUCCAUCAGCUGGGGUUUGGCGUGUCCCCAGGCUUCCAGACCUUUGUGUCCUGCCAGGAACAGCGGUUAACCUAUCUGCCCCAGCCCUGGGGCAACUGCCGGGCAGAGAGUGAACUCGGGGAGCCUGAACUGCAGGGCUACUCGGCCUACAGCGUGUCUGCGUGCCGGCUGCGCUGUGAGAAGGAAGCCGUGCUUCAGCGCUGCCACUGCAGGAUGGUGCACAUGCCAGGCAAUGAGACCAUCUGCCCACCAAAUAUCUACAUCGAGUGUGCUGACCACAUACUGGAUUCCCUUGGUGGGGGCUCAGAGGGUCCAUGCUUCUGCCCCACUCCCUGCAACCUGACCCGCUAUGGGAAAGAAAUCUCCAUGGUCAGGAUACCCAACAGGGGCUCUGCCAGGUACCUGGCGAGGAAGUACAAUCGCAAUGAGACCUACAUACGGGAGAACUUCCUAGUCCUCGAUGUCUUUUUUGAGGCCCUGACGUCUGAAGCCAUGGAGCAGCGAGCAGCCUAUGGCCUCUCGGCUCUGCUGGGAGACCUGGGGGGCCAGAUGGGCCUGUUCAUCGGGGCCAGCGUCCUCACCCUGCUGGAGAUCCUCGACUACAUCUAUGAGGUGUCCUGGGACCGGCUAAAGCGGGUGUGGCGCCGGCCCAAGACCCCCCUGCGGACCUCCACCGGGGGCAUUUCCACGUUGGGGCUGCAGGAGCUGAAGGAGCAGAGUCCCUGUCCAAGUCGGGGCCAUGCUGAAGGCGGGGGGGCCGGCAGCCUGCUCCCCAACCACCACCACCCCCACGGCCCCCCAGGAGGCCUCUUCGAAGACUUCGCGUGCUAGGACGGUGCUGUGUGACAAAGGACCCAGGAGGCUGGAACCUCUCCAGGAUUCCACAGACCUCCUGCUCCUAGAACAGAGGCCUAGGGCGGCCCAGGGCUGAGGGGCCCCGACUGAGUCCUGCUCUCUCCCGACUGCGACUCAGCUGCCUUGC